UUUUAAUUCAAUUAAUUUCAACUAUUUUAAUUUCUUUAUGUUCUUUAAUGUUGUUAAAAUAUGUUCUUUAAUUUCUUUAUGCUGAAACAUUGAAUUACUUGUUAGAUAGAAUUAAUAUCGAAGUCGAGUGAAAGUAAAAAAGAUCCGGCAUAGCAAUAUGCACGGAUGGUAAAUCCCCAAAACCUUUCAAAGUUCAUUUGUAACUUUUGCGACACAGAAAUGAAUGUCGGUGUUUACCGAGUCAAGCAACAUCUUGCUGGUGGUUAUAAAAAUGUUGUUGCUUGUAAAAAAUGUCCAUUUCAUGUCAAAGAUGAAAUUAAAGACUAUGUCUCAAAAAAGUCAAUCAAAGGUGCAAUUGAUGAUGGUUCCUAAUUUUGAUGAGAUGGAUAAUGAUGACGAUGAUGAUGAUGAAAUUCUUGAGAUAAAUCAACAUGGUAAAAGGCCUGUUUCUACUCAAGGUUCUACCCGUUGAGAACAAGGAAGUAACUUCUCCAAAUCUGUUGGUUCCAAACAACCAAAGCAAAAGGGACCCAUGGAUGUGUACUUCACCCUUGAUCCGGAAGUUGCGGUGCAAAAUCGUAAGGCCAAGGGAAAGCAAACAAGAAUUUAUGAUAAUGAUCCUAGCAAGAAGGUGUUGAGAGGUCGGGCUCUUGUUUGGUUUUCAAGGUGGAUGUAUGAUACGGGUAUACCUUUCAAUGUUGUGAACUACAAUAGUUUGGGGCCAAUGGUUGAAGCUUUUGGGCAAUAUGGUCCUGGUAUGAAACCACCAAGCUACCAUGAAGUGUGGGUUCCUUAUUUGCAGAAAGAGGUAGACCACACUAAUAAGACCAUGGAGGAUCAUAAAAAAGAUUAGGUAACAUAUGGAUGCUCUUUAAUGGCCGAUGGGUGGAAGGACAAAAGAAACAGAGCAUUAAUUAAUUUUUUGGUUAAUUGCCCAAAAAGAUCAAUGUUUAUUGAAUCUGUUGAUGCUUCUAGCUUAUCCAAGGAUGCAAAUAAGAUAUUUGAAUUGCUUGACAACUUUGUGGAGCGUAUUGGUGAAGCCAACGUGAUUCAAGUUGUUACAGAUAGUGCCUCAGCAAAUGUUUUGGCCGGUUAGUAACUUAGUAGUAUACAUUUACUUAGUACUUACUUAUAAUAUGAAUAUGCAAUUCUCAUAUUAUUCUUUUUUUUAAAAAAAAAAACUUGUAAUGGGGAAGUUUUUGGAGGCAAAGCGGCCACAUUUGUAUUGGACACCAUGUGCAGCUCAUUGCUUGGACUUGAUGUUGGAGGACAUUUUCAAAAUUCCCAACUUCAACAAGACAUUUGAAAAGGCAAUUGCGGUGCAUGGUUAUAUUGUGAACCGCUCUGGUUUGUUGAAUAUGAUGAGGCAAUUUACCCAGUGCAAGGAUUUGAUCAAGCCAGCAAAAACUCGAUUUGCAAUUGCUUUUCUAACUUUAUCAAGGAUUCAUCAACAACAAACCAACUUGAAGAAGAUGUUCACUUCAGAGGAAUGGACCACAAGCAAAUGGGCGAAGGAACCAUGGGGUAAAAAGACCGCACAAGUCAUAUUAAUGCCUUCUUUUUGGAACAAUGUUCUUUAUGCUCUCAAAAUAUCAAGUCCUCUUGUUCAUGUACUGCGAUUGGUUGAUGGUGAGAGAAAGCCUCCCAUGGGAUAUAUUUAUGAGGCAAUGGAUAGGGCUAAAGAAGCCAUUGCAAAAUCAUUUAAUGGAAAUGAAGAGAAGUACAAGGAGUUUUUUGAAAUAAUUGACAAUAGAUGGAAUGUUCAAUUGCAUAGGCCUUUGCAUGCAGCUGGGUAUUAUUUAAACCCAGAGUAUUUUUACGCAAAUCCGAAUAUUGAGAAAGAUAAGGAAGUCAUGUCAGGCCUGUAUAAAUGCAUGCAAAGGUUGGUCCCAAGCAAUAAGACACAAGAUAAAGUUUGCGCAGAGUUGACUACCUAUAAGAAAGCUGAUGGUCUCUUUGGGAUGGCUUUGGCCAUUAGACAAAGAACUACAAGGGCACCAGCUGAUUGGUGGAGUGCAUAUGGUUCUAAAACGCCAAAUUUGCAAACAUUCGCCAUCAAAAUUAUUAGUCUAACUUGUAGCUCAUCUGGAUGUGAGCGGAAUUGGAGUGUGUUUGAACAUAUUCACACCAAAAAGAGAAAUAGGUUAGCUCAAAAACGUCUGAAUGAUUUGGUAUUUGUUAAGUAUAAUAGAGCAUUGAGACGUCGAUACAAUUCCCGUGACACUAUUGAUCCCAUUACUUUGACGGAUAUUGAUGAAAGUAACGAGUGGUUGGUUGGGAGGAUGGAGGAGGAACUUGUCUUUGAGGAUGAUACUUUGACAUGGGAUGAUGUUGCUAGAGCUGCUGGAGUUGAGGAAAGUAGUCAAAGAACUAGAUCAACAAGGGCAAUAGAAAGGGGUUGUUCAACUUCAAAAUCAGCAGCUAGGCCUAGAUUACAACUUAUUGAUGAGGAAGAGUCAAUUUCAGAUGGGGGAGAGGAAGAAGAUGCAGAGGGAUAUGCUGAAGCCAAUGAUAAUGAAGAAGAAGUUCAUUUGCUUGAUGUUGAAGAUGAUUUUUAGAACUUUUGGAUUGGUGGAUUGUAUUUGUCUUUGUUGGAUAUUUAGUAUUUGGAAUGAUAACUGCAUGAUGAUUCUUGAAAAUAUUUAUAUUUUUGUCUAUACCAUUUAUUUUAAAAAAAUAUCAUUUCUGGUCGCCUCGCUUCGAUGAAGCCCUCGCCUCGCCUCGCCUCGUCGCCUCGCGCUUAGGCGUUAGGUGACCUUGUCGCCUCGGUUCGCUUUUCGCCUUAAAAAAC